AAAAAAAAUGGCCACAGUUUCAAUGAGUCUAAACCUAAUCGGUGCUUUUAAGGGUCUGUCUUUAUCUUCAAGCUCUUCCUCAUCAUUUUUCAAGGGCGAAUUCAGCGUGGCUCCCAGGUCAGUCACCGUUUCCCUCCCACACCAAACGCCGUUCCCGUUAACCAUCGAAUCCGCCCACAAAAAGGGAGCCGGGAGUACGAAGAACGGCCGUGAUUCGCCAGGUCAACGCCUCGGCGUUAAGAUUUACGGUGACCAGGUGGCCAAGCCUGGUGCCAUUAUUGUUCGUCAGCGCGGCACCAAGUUUCAUCCAGGAAAGAACGUGGGGAUUGGGAAGGACCACACAUUAUUCUCGUUGAUUGAUGGGCUUGUGAAAUUUGAGAAGUACGGUCCUGAUAGGAAGAAGGUAAGUGUUUACCCACGGGAAGUGCAGCCUGAAAAUCCCAACAGUUACAGAGCAAGGAAGAGAGAGUACUUCAGGUUGCAACGUGAGAAAAAAAAGGCUAGAAAGGAAGGUUAUGUAGCUCAACCACAACUGGUAUUGGCUUCUUCUGCUGUUGACGAUGCAGACAACAACCCAAUUUGCUAAAUCUCAAGUGAAAGGCUGUUCUCCAUUAUUUUUAUUAUUACUUUCACUUCUUAGAUUUUGGGUUUUCAUUGUAACGACACAAUGCAAAUAGAUUACUUUGUUUAAUGGGUUCUCUCAUUUUGUGAUUCAUGAUUUGGUUUGAACUCGAGCCUAGAAGUGGUGAUGUUUGAGCCUAAAUGUAUUAUUCUUUUUCCAGAAUCCA